GUUCCUUUUUUAAGCAUUAAAAGAUAAAGGGCACAAAAGUGAGGAGGAAAAAGGAAGAAAUUGGAAGAGAGCUAAAUAAGUUCAUGACAGUUUCAUGUUUUUGAGUAGUUUUUUCCCCUGUUUCAUUCUCUCACACUUUGUUUGCUUUAAUACAAAGGGGAAGUUGUUUAUUUUUAUUUAAAAUUUUAAAAUAAAAGGCUUGUUCUUUUCUUUAGCUUCCUUUCUGCCCAUUAAACAUUGAAAAUGGCAGAUUAUGAAUGAUCGUUUCCCCUCCAAAGGAAACACUCAUCAUUGCUCCCAACAAUUCUUUUAGAAACCUGAGCUUCUAAGAGGCAUUCAUUCAUUCCCUUCUUCAACAAUAUAAAUAUAUCUCUCUUCAUAAUCUUUUUUUCUCCCUCUUCUAAUUUAAUUAGUUCCAUCCUUGUUAUGAAUAUGAUGGAUCCUUCAAACUCUGUGAAUGGAUUUUACAGUUUUCUAACAAGAGGAAUUGAUGAUCUUGAAAGAGUUUUCCUUUCUAAUAAAUUCAUGUCUAUUCAAUUCCUUCAAAGGGUACUUUCCCUUUUGAGAUCUUUCCACACACAGUUAACACUUCUUGUCCAAAAACUUCACUUACCAGUUGGUGAAAAAUGGCUUGAUGAAUACAUGGAUGAAAGUUCAAAGCUUUGGGAAGUUUGCCAUGUUCUCAAGAAUGGCAUUUCAGGCAUUGAGAAUUACUAUUCUGCUGGUUUUAAUGUCACUUCUUCUCUUGAUACUCAUCCCCAUCUUACCCCACAAUUAUCUAGACAGGUGAUAAGAGCAAUAACAGGAUGUAAAAGAGAAGCAGUGGGAUUAGAGGAAGAGAAUAGAGCAUUAAUGGAAACAAGAAUAGAGCCACUUUCAUUAAGGUUUGAUGAGGCAGUUUCAGUGGAAUCAAAGCUAAAUGGAUUCAAUGGAUUCAGAGGAGUUUUAUAUGCAAUGAGGAAUGUUAGUUCAGUUUUGCUAAUGAUCUUGCUUUAUGGAUUAGUCUAUUGUUGGCCUCAAUCAGAAUUUUUAAGAGGAGGAGAAAGUUCAGACUGUUUGUUUUUUGGAUCCAAUUUCAUGAUCUCAACUUCAAGAUUGCAACAGAGAGUGGCUAAUGAGAUGAUUUCAACAUCAUCAAUGGGGGUUUUGUUAUAUGAGUUUAGAAGAUCAAAAUCAGCUUUGGAUGAACUAAGAGGUGAAUUGGAGAAAAGACAGAGUAGUACUAGUGUUGUGGAAUGGGAAUCAGAAAUUGGGAUAAGGGAAAGAGUUGAUAAUUUGAAAGCCUGUUUUGGGGUAUUGAGAUCUGGUACUGACAAUAUUAUUGGACAAUUGGAUGAUUUUUUUGAUGAAAUUGUUCAAGCAAGGAAGAUGCUUUUGGAUUUCUGCAGCCAUAGGUAGAAAAAAUAUAUAUUACAACUAGGGAAAAUCUGUAGUUGUUGGUUGUACCUUUUGUUGGUUUUUUAACUUUUUUCCCCCUUUAGUUUUCCUCUUUCUAUUUCAUCUUUUUUCCUUUUAGGAUUUUCUAGGGGUUUAUUCCUUCUUUUCUUUUUCGAAUGUGUAAGUUCUAAGCUGCUGUAGUUGAUGAGACCCCUGAAGAUGUCUUUAUUUCAAGAACCCAAAGAGGAAAAUUUUGAAGGAAAAAAGAUUGAUGAAA